AUGAUUUUGAAUGCCACAGAUUAUUCAACAAAGUCAGUAUCACGAUAUAUGAAAUAUUUUCGUGAAUUAGUAAUUCAAUCAUUGGAGGAUGAUGAUACGAUGAUUGGAGGAAAUGGGAUUGUAGUAGAAAUUGACGAGUCAAAGUUUAGUAAAGGAAAGAAAGAUACCGGAAUUUGGGUAGUGGGUGGUGUAGAACGGACUGAUCAGCGAAAAUGUUUUUUUAAGAUGGUUAAUCAAAGAGAUGCAGAAACAAUUAGAGAUAUUAUCUCAAAACAUGUUCUACCAGGUUCAAUUAUGAUUACAAAUUAUUGGAAGGGUUAUCAGAAUUUAGAUGAUUUUAAUGUAAGACAUGAAAGAGUGAAUCGUUCAAGAGAAUUUAUUAAUUCAAAUGGAAUGCAUACAAAUACAAUAGAAGAAACCUGGAAAGGAUUAAAGAUACGAAUUCAUCCUCGAAAUAGAGAUAUUGAAUCUAUUGAUGAUUAUUUAUUAGAAUUUAUCUGGAGACGAAAGUAUGAAGGGUACUUGAACGCAUGUUCAAGUAAAUGUUACCCUAAAUAA